AAAAAUCAAUGAUCUGAGCCCACUUUCAGUACUCUCAUUCAUGAUGGGCCCCUUCGAAUCCAACCAUUCACUUGCACGCAGUGGACUUCUACAGGUUUCCUGUACUAGUCAAACAUUCCACUGGACUUUUGGUUACGAUGCAAAUGCCAAAAUCAACAUUUCCUAGGACAUCUCGGCUAUCUUAGAACAAUCCUAUCUACUUAGUCGCCGCUCGACUUCGGAAGUUUGACUAAGGCGCCACCGUUAACCCAGAUUGCUCUGGGCACGUAAACCGCAGUCCCCGCCGACCUUAUUUGUCAUCACAUCAAUAUCAAUCAUGUCCCAGUCCCCUUCUCUAGCACGACCGAGGAAAUUAAAGCAUGUUGGCAUUGUGGGAGCUGGCAUGGCUGGCUUGUAUGCUGCAUAUCGGUUGAAAUUGUCAAGCUAUCCUGGCAUCGUAGUCUCUCUGUACGAACUGGAUGGGAGAGUGGGUGGGCGUGUUAAAACCUACCACUUUACAUCCGAGAAGGACCAAUACUUUGAGGCUGGUGCCAUGCGUAUUCCAAGUACCCAGAUGCAUCAACCAACCUUCGACUUAAUUAACUUCUCAAAGACGCCCAUCACGCCGACCUCAAUCUUAUACCUUAUCAUCUCACCACCCCCGACAAUCACUUCGACGAGGGCUGGAAGCUCCUCAUGCGUUUUGACAAAGUCCCAUUCCGUUCCUACCUGGAAUCUCUUGGAUGGCCACAAUCAGUCAUUGAUUUCACCUGAGACUAUGUGCUCUCAGACCAACCAGUUCGCGCUGAGCUUCUCUGAGCUCAUCAUGCAGAACCUCGACUUCGACACUAAACAGUGGUUCACACUGGAAGAGGGGAUGGACAGACUUCCUCAGGCACUUGCCGGGGUGGUUGGCAUGAACAAUAUUACAUUUGGUGCGCGAGUGCAGAAGAUCGAGCAGAACGGUGAUGGUGUCACUAUCUGCGCAGAUACGCCUAGGGGUCGGGUAGAAAAAACCUUUGACAAAGUGAUUCUUGCCAUUCCGCCUAGUGCGUUGAGGAUGAUUCCAGAGCGUCCUCGCUGGGAUUACAGGAAGGAGCAAGCUAUUCGCGCUAUGUUCUACGAGGCGUUAUAUAAGAUCGGUCUGCGCUUCAAGACUCGAUUCUGGGAGCAUGUGGAACCCCCUUCUCUAGGGGGACAAUCAAUGACUGAUCUGCCGAUUCGGUGGAUUGUAUAUCCAUCCAAUGGCAUCGGUUCCGAGGGACCUGGCGUCCUGCUUCUGUAUUCCUGGAACACAGACGCCUCUGUGUGGUCCUCCAUUCCUUUCAGCGAACGUCUUAAGAACUCUCUAUGUCACCUUUCAAAGGUUUUCCCGAGUGUUGACAUCUACAACCAAUUCAUCGCGGCAGAGGAUUUAGCAUGGUCCGAGCACAACCCUACCGGCGACGCUAUGUUCCUUCCCGGGCAACUGUCAGAGUAUUUUGACAUUGCUCGUCGUAAGGAAGGUGACGUCUACUUCGCUGGAGAGCAUUUGAGCCGUCAUCAUACGUGGAUUACCGGAGCCAUCGAUUCUGCCAGAUCAACUGCAGAAGAGGUCAUUCGCGACUUUGCCUUCAAGCGCAUUCCUACAGGGUGGAUUCCCCGAACUGGAACGGAACCCAGCGAUCAUUAUGAUCCUGAGGCUCACCGCAUGGAGGUGAUCAAGAGUGGGCUGGAAAAUAUCAAGAACAACCGCGAGGAGUUCGAGAAGUCUGUCUUACUGAACUCGCUGUAAACCACAACCGUUGAUGAUUAUAUCCACGCGCAUGUAAUAUUAUCUAGAUAGUAUUAGUCUCAUUCGACUUGAU